AUGGUUGUGCUUGCAAUAUUUUUACCCACUGAUCAUUUGGUUUUUUUCAGCAGGUACAUUGAUGAAAACUAUGCAUUGUUUGAUACGAACACGGCACAAUUAGAUGAUUUUGAUCGUAUUAAAACCUUGGGGACGGGAUCAUUUGGACGUGUAAUGUUAGUGAAGCAUAAGCAGAGCGGGUUGUAUUAUGCGAUGAAAAUUUUGGACAAGCAGAAAGUGGUAAAAUUGAAGCAAGUUGAGCAUACCCUCAAUGAAAAACGCAUACUUCAAGCUAUCGACUUUCCUUUUUUGGUCAACAUGCAAUAUUCUUUCAAAGACAAUUCGAAUCUUUAUAUGGUGCUUGAAUUCAUUAGUGGAGGUGAAAUGUUUUCACAUUUGCGACGUAUCGGUCGUUUUAGCGAGCCGCAUUCUCGUUUUUAUGCUGCGCAAAUUGUUCUUGCAUUCGAAUAUCUCCAUUCGCUUGACCUCAUAUAUCGAGAUCUUAAACCUGAGAAUCUUCUUAUUGACAGCACUGGUUAUAUAAAGAUUACCGAUUUUGGUUUUGCAAAACGUGUAAAAGGGCGGACUUGGACUUUAUGUGGAACACCUGAAUAUCUUGCACCAGAAAUAAUACUGAGCAAAGGUUAUAAUAAAGCAGUGGAUUGGUGGGCAUUGGGUGUGCUGAUAUAUGAAAUGGCAGCGGGUUAUCCGCCGUUUUUCGCUGACCAGCCGAUCCAGAUUUACGAAAAAAUUGUUUCUGGGAAAGUGAAAUUCCCGUCACAUUUUUCCAAUGAAUUGAAGGAUUUAUUAAAAAAUCUAUUACAAGUUGAUUUGACGAAAAGAUAUGGUAAUUUGAAAAACGGUGUUGCUGAUAUAAAGAAUCACAAAUGGUUCGGUUCAACCGAUUGGAUUUCUGUUUAUCAGAAAAAGAUUAUACCACCGAGUUUUACUGGUAAAGAGCAGCAGUCCAAUCGGCUGUUUGAAGCACUGUAUCCACGGGUAACCAGUAUUGAAGAUACCAGGCAUUUCAUCUCUCAGCCAGAAGAUCCAGAACUUUUUCGAAUCGCUCAUGAAGAUAUAGAAGCACCAUUUUUACCCAAAUGUCGUGGUGCUGGUGAUGCGUCCAAUUUCGAUGACUAUGAAGAGGAACCGUUACGGAUUUCGGGGACCGAGAAAUGCGCAAAAGAAUUUACAGAUUUUUAA